CUAUGUAGAUCGCGAUCAGCCGGACAGUCAGUGUGCGUGUUGAUCUGCUAGCGUGAGGAUCGUCGCGGUUUUGAUACUGUAUUGCAUUCGGCACGAUUCACGAGUUGCAUUUUGUUUGGCGUUAAAUAUAGUUUUGUUGGGGAGAGGAAUGUUCACCUGUAGGCGAUAGUUUUGAUAGCCAGCUAUAGGCUAGUGAUGUGUGGGUACAUCAGUAUCAGUAAUAACGAUAACAAUUAGAAUUGCCGAUGGAAAUCAGUGUUCACAGGUUCACAUGCUAUGCUCAAUUAGCGUAUGGAGGAAUAAUCCGUGUAAUUCAAUAUACGGUGUGCGGUCAGCCAACGAAUUCGUUAAGCAGUACCGUAGUGGUGUAAUUGAUUGCAAAUUUUUCUGACAAACAUUGUGAACAUUGCUUGGUGAUAGUUCCGUCCAAAGAGUCAACUCGUAUCGAAUUUCACUGGAAUGUGAUGUCACACGAUAGGACGGGAAGCUGAAAAAAGUCAACGGCAGCGGUUCGAAAAAUCAUUCCAAGGUUAACCGCUUGUGGGGAAAUUGAUAGCACAUCUUAGAAUGUCAUCUCAGGCCCCCUGCAGAGCAGCUAGUUUAUUGGCAUUGGUGUUCACAAUCUCCGGAAUCAGCAUAGCGCAAGGACAGUAUCUGCGGUCUCCAUGUCCAGAUAUUUUCACCUACCAAGUUGAUCCUAAUACCAAACAAAUCUUCGGCUACGUAGAGAUCGACAACAUUCAAGUGGGUCAAACGGUCAAACUGAAUAUUGAUCUAUCCAUUGCUGCGCCAGUCCCACAGAAUAACGUUGGAUCUAUCGCACUUGCUAAAUCGAAAGAUGAAAUCUUCAACGACAUUGUGCAUGGCAACCCCGCGCAGUACCGGGUCAACUUCCCGCUGCAAAACAUUCUACCGAGCGUUCUCAGUAUAGCCGUCAAUGGCCAAACUAUUUGCACGGGAAGCCUUGUCCAAGGACACCAAACUACCAUCAAUCUGGAGCAUACGCUAUACACACGAGUAGAACCAAAUGGCUUCCCAGGCAACAACGGUUAUCAACCCAACAACGGAUUCCUUAGCAAUAACCAAUUCCAGUACCAACGGCCCGUUUACACCGUUCCUCCCAGGCCCACUAGGCCGCAGUUUAGCUAUACAGAACCUGUAACACAACGUGUGACUGCACCUGCUGUAUUUAUGCAACCUAUCACUAGUCGUCCAGUCCCCAUGCGGACUACCGUUGCACCUCCAACCAAUUACGCUUGUGGCAAGCCAUCUGCCAACGGCUUCAACCAGCUUGCCUUCAACGGUAAGCGUGUGAACAAAGGCCAAUUUCCGUGGAUUGCCCCUCUGUUUGAUCAGUCUGAUGCUCAAACGCCAUCCUAUUUCUGCGGCAGUACCAUUAUCUCCAACAGACAUCUCAUCACUGCAGCCCAUUGCAUCUACGAUGCCGGCGACUUCAUGUCCGCCGAUCGGAUACUUGCCGUUCCGGGAAUGUACAACAUUGAUAACUUUGCAGAUGAUAAUGCAAAUUUUGCGUUCAUAGAUAGCGUACAUCCGCACAAUGAUUACAUCAAUGACGAUGACCUGAACGACGCGGACAUAGCCAUUCUGCGGCUAAAGAAGGUGUUGAUCUACACAGAGUAUAUUAUUCCGAUAUGCCUGUGGAACGAUGCCAACGACCUGGAUCGGGUCGUCAACCAGGAAGGUAUCGUGGCCGGCUGGGGAGUCACCGAAACAGGCCCAUCAACGGUGCCCACUUUUAUCAAGGCUUCGAUCGUGUCAAAAAGAUCCUGUCGAGACAAUGUGGAGAAGAUGCUUCCCAUUAAUUCGCGGGUAUUCUGUGCCGAUGGCCAUGGAUCAGCACCGUGCAACGGCGAUUCCGGUACCGGGUUUGUGCUCAAACGUGGCAACCAGUACUAUUUGCGAGGAAUAGUGUCCAAAGGUCAACAGGAUCCCGAAACUCUACUAUGCGACGUGAGAAAAUUCGCAAUCUACACGGAUGUUGCACUGUUUAGAUAUUGGAUCAAAACGAUCAUGAGUUAGUAGAGUGAACACGGCAAAGGCUACAGCCAUAGAAAUUAUUCGAUUUAUUCAUAGAAUGAAUAAAAACCAUGCAGAGGAUUGAACUAGAAGAAGUCACGUUACCUAGAGCGUUGAGUGAAUUUUGGGACUUGGCUUUUGCGUAUGACUGUAAUAGAACCAGAUUAUUUAUGUGUAAAUAGCAAUUAAGUUUAUAUUUCAUGACUACAAAUUACUCACACUCGAAUUACUCCACUUUUAAAAGUGUAAAACAGGUAUAAAUUAUGGCAAGUGCCGAUAAACGUA